AUGUACUUCACACAGCUCCGCAACAACGCAGCGAGACUGCUUGUCCUUGUCGCCUGCUUCACCGAGCUCACCUUGGCACUUCCUCACCGAGACAGCCCGCGCCAGCGCCUGCUUGAUGGCAAAGAGUUGCCAUCCAACCUUCGGCCAAAGAAGACAGACCCCUAUACGCCGAACUUCCGUGAUCCCUAUGAUCACGCUGUCGACCCAAUUGCAGACGACCUUGACCCUUUGCCUUGGCGCAAUGGCUUGGGAGCUUCAGUGCUGGGUCCCUGGAACAAGGAGCGAUCUCGUCAGAGCCCUGACCUCGUGCGCCCUCCAAGCACGGAUCAUGGCAAUCUGCCCAGCUUGCGAUGGAGCUUCGCUGACUCACAUAUCCGAAUUGAGGAAGGUGGCUGGACGCGACAGACGACGGUGCGUGAGCUGCCCACAAGCAUCGAGCUAGCAAGCGUCAACAUGCGACUUGGCGAGGGCGUCAUCCGCGAGCUGCACUGGCACAAGGAAGCCGAAUGGGCCUACGUCCUCGACGGCAAAGUUCGCGUCACGGCUCUUGACUACGAGGGCGGCAACUUCAUUGACGACUUGGAGAAGGGGGAUCUCUGGUACUUCCCAAGUGGCGUGCCGCAUUCCCUGCAGGGAUUGAGCGAGAACGGCACGGAGUUUCUGCUCGUAUUUGACGAUGGUAGAUUCUCGGAAGAGUCUACGUUCAUUUUGACCGAUUGGCUUGCACAUACGCCGAGAUCCGUCAUCUCGGAGAACUUCCACUUGGAUCCAGAGAUCUUUGCUCACCUUCCCAAAGGCGAGAAGUACAUUUUCAAGGGAACCAAUCCCGGCUCCAUCGAUGACGAGCGGCCGCGGGGUAAGAAUGUGAAGAAAUCUAAGUACAACUUCACGCACAAGAUGCUUGCUCAAGAGCCCACCAACACCACUGGAGGACAAGUCCGCAUCACUGACUCCAAGAACUUCCCCAUUUCCCAGACAGUUGCGGCGGCGCACGCAAUCAUUGAGCCCGGGGCCAUUCGUGAGAUGCACUGGCACCCGAAUGCCGAUGAAUGGUCGUUCUUCAUCCGAGGCCGCGCUCGGGUUACUGUCUUUGCUGCCGAGGGCAACGCGCGCACGUUCAACUACGUACCCGGCGAUGUUGGCAUCGUGCCCAGGAAUAUGGGACAUUUCGUCGAGAACAUCGGCGACGAGCCACUUGAGAUGCUCGAGGUCUUCCGUGCUGAUGAAUUCCGUGACUUCUCUCUGUUCCAGUGGCUAGGCGAGACCCCGCAGCGCAUGGUUGUCGACCAUUUGUUCGCAGACGACAAGGAGAGUGGCGAGAGGUUCCUCCGUGAGAUCAAGGAUGCGCAGAAGGAUCCCAUCACAAAAGGAUCGAUUCGAGAGGAUGAUAUGACGGAAGAUGAUGAAUAUGAUCUGUGA